CGGUCACGGCUAAAGUAAAUGCGUGCGCAUACACAUGCUGUCAAAUUCAAGAUGGCGGACGGCGAAGAUGAUGAGGCCUUCUUGUAUGGGAACGAUGAAGAUGAGAAAAAGGGAGAAACAGAGGAGGAAAUCAAAGAUGUCAGUGAAGUUAAGCCUGAUGAAGCUGAAGAAUCAAAAGAAAAUGUAAAGCCAGAAGAAAGUGAACCUGUAGAAAAUGGWGAAGAUAAAACAGCAGAUGAUAAAGAYGAUGAUGAUGCAAAGGAAGCUGGUGAAUUGAGCAAUGAAGAUGAUGAAGAUGAUGAUGACGACGACGAUGAUGAUGAUGAUGAUGUUCAGGUUACUAUUGAUGAAAUAAACACUUCAGGGACAGGCUAUGGGACACCAUAUACUACACCUGUGAACUGGAACUUCAAGGGAAGCRCMGUUGGUUCUGCUAGCAAGGGUGCUGCUACACCUGCUGCUGGUAGCAAACACUUGGAUUUGAAUGCWGAAGGAACAGUAAAUGGUGUUGGAAUUUAUGAAUUUGACUUGGAAUCAGCAGAAGAAAGACCUUGGAGAAAACCAGGUGCUGACAUAACAGACUAUUUCAACUACGGUUUUACUGAGGAUACUUGGAAACAGUACUGUGAAAAGCAAAGAAGAAUGAGACUGGAAUUAAGCAUGCAGAAAAAGAUUUUUGCACACCAUGCUGGUGCACCAGCCCCUACAGGUCAAGGUGAUUUAACAGCAGUUAUCACAGCUGAUGUUCGUACUCGUAAAGCAGGACCACCACCUGAGAGGAGAAUGGAGGGCAGUAUUGAUGUCAUAGGAGCAGUAGGUUCACGAGUUGAAAGUCGGCGGCAUCAAGAUGAAGACAUGUUGCCCCCUCACAUGUUGCCUGAUGGGAUGUCAAAACGAGGUUUUCCAGGUCCUCCUAUGUUCAAUGUACCAACAUCUGAUCCCUCUAUGGGACCACCUCAGCACUUGGGUGGUGGCCCACCAGUAUCAUCAAUGGCUGGCCCCCCACCAAUGCACCAGGGAGUGCCACCACGGUUCCCACCAGGAGGACCACCAGGUGGCCCAGGAGGCAUGCCAGGGAUGUUACCACCAGGUAUGCAGCAGCCCCCUCCAGGCAUGACCCAACCUCCUGCAGGCUUCCCACCCGAUGGAAUGCCCCAUGAUUCAAUGGGUUUUCCUGGUCGUGGUAUGGGGCGUGGCAGGGGUAGAGGAUUUCAUCCUGGAAUGCCAGGAAUGCCUCCUCCUGGCGAGUUUCCUCCAGGAAUGGACGAAAGAGGAGCGAGGAUUCCCUUUGAAGAUGGUAUGCCGCAUUUCUACCCAGGAGAUCCCUCAGUUCAGCCGUUCCCUCCCAUGAUGGGRCCCCCACCCCAUGGCAUUCCCUGGGAAGCUGGGAUGGGACGAGGAUUUAUGCCCAAUUUUCGAGACCAGUUUCCCGUCGGUAUGCCUAGACCAGGCGGAGAAAGCCCGGGACGAGGAGGUCGUAGUGAUGAUGAUAGUGAGUACGGUAGCAGUGGAGACGAAAGACGAAGAGAACGAGAACACAAAAAAAGAGACAAAGAUAAAGACAGAGAGAGAAGUAGAGAACACAGAGAAAGAACUCGAGAUAGACAUUCCGACCGUGACCGGUCUCCGCGWCGAGAGCGUGACCGCGAGAGACGUGACCGGGAUCGAGAAAGCAGACGACAUCGUGACCGUGAYAAAGAUCGUGACAAGGGUAGUGACAGAGACAGAGAAAAGCGUGAGGAGCGAUCAAGUCGAAGGGAAAGAUCGAAAGAACAACGAGAAAAAAAACGUCACAAAGGCUCCAGCGAGGUUCAAAGUGCUGAUGGACAAGAAGAAGGAGAGGUCGUAUCAAAACGAAGRAGUCGUAGAACUCGUGAAUCCAAACAAGCAGAAACAAAGCCAGAACYUGCUGAACAGGAGGAGGGACAACUAUCUUCACCGUGACCAUAGCAACCACACUUGCUGUCAAUCAUUUUCAUACUCCGCCCCUUCUACUUGGCAUAUUUAUUUUUGCAAGUUAUGGAAAAGGUUUGGUUUCUUCAKUCAGAUCCUGUUUUCAGAGGUCAUAUCUAUCAUACCAGACCCCUUAGUGGCCUUAUUUUUAAUGCUCAUAUUGACUUGCUGGUCCUAAAUCCCCUGAAUUUACCUGAAUACUGUGAAGUUUAUUGUCACAAACAUUAGACUUUUCUUGUAAAACAUGGAUUUAUUGAUAUAUAAAAAACACUGAAAACAAAAA